AGGCCCUGGCUGGAAAUAAAGACCAUUACUACCACAAUUAUCCGAAUCGCCAUCACACAACCCUUAGAACACGUGGGCUGGAAAUUAUCUCCGGGUCGUAACCUGGCCGAGCAAAGGAGAGGAGAGAAAAAGAAGCUGAGAUGCAAUAAGGCACUAAUUCAGUUUUUUUGGGGAGCCAGUAUACGAACCAGCAAUUUCAGGGCAAGAUUUGAGGGAGAAGAGAAGGAAGGAGAAGAGCUGAUCAAUUCUAUUACGGAUAACACGUUACAGAAACAAGCGGAGGAAGAAAGGCGGGCGUUUUUACAUUUCACUAUCUCUAUAUAUAAUCCCGGCACCAUUCUCCUCACGGCCGUGCGCAGAAUGAAGCUCAUCACACACAACAUGCUCACUAGUAAGGGGAUGAAGAAUGUGAAGGAAGGAUUCCCUCUCAAGAUUCAGGCAGAGGAAAUGAGGAACGUGGACAUCGACUACGACCGGGACUUUAUCACCAGGAUGAUCCCCAAGCUGGACUGGAAGGCCCUGGUGUUUGCUGCCCAGUGUGUCGGCCACAAAGAGGACCUCCCAGACACUUUACCGGAUGGCUAUGAGAACGACAACGAACUCCUGAAGCGUCUCCACCACGUACUCCUUGAGGUGGAGGUGAUCAGCGGGUGCCUGGAGUGCCCUGAGACGCAGAGAAAGUUCCCAAUCAGCAACGGCAUUCCCAACAUGUUAUUGAAUGAGGACGAGGUGUAGCAAGCCCUCUCACUCACCCCUCGUCAGCUGUAGUCUCUAAAACUGUACUAAUGUGUAUGUAUCUCUCUCUCUUCCUUUCAGAUCCUCAUUUCUCAAUCUUUCCUCUCUGCAAAGUUUCUGUCAUUUUCUUAGUACCUGAUUCUUUUCCUUAGAUUUUCCUUGUAUCCUUAAAAAGUUUCCCAUUCAUGUCUCUAGAAUUGCACUAAUGUAUCUCUCUUCUCUUCUAUCUCUUUACAGACAUUCCUCUCCUCUGCCUUCUCUGUUCAAUCUCUGUCAAUUCUGAGGUGUGGCAAGGCUCUCCAUGUUUCCUUCACCAACUCCUUUGUCUCUAGUUAUGUAUCUCUCUCAGACUUUCUUCUCGGUCAUUCCAUUCCUUUGCCUUCUCUGUUCAGUUUCUGUUUCUACUGUGAAAUCUAAUCUUGAAAUUUCUCUCAUGUCCUCAGAAAUAUCCUGCUUUUUCUUCCUCCCUCAUGUCUCUAGGAUUACACUAAGGUAUCCCUCUUUAUCUCCUACUUAACCAUUGCUUUCCUAUGGUUCUUUGUUAAAUUUCUGUCAGUUUCUAAGUAUUCAAGUUCUCGUAAAAGGUUUCUGUUCUUCAGUUUCUUUCAUUCCUCAAACACUCCUUCCUUUAACUCCUUAAUUAGGUUUCUGUUUUCAGGGUAUUGAUUUUCUAUUACUUCAGGUCUUCUAUGUGCCAUCCAAACAAACCUCUUGUCUUUCAAUCCUCCUCUUACUCCUCCAAUGCUCUCUUCCUCUUAGUUGCUUACUGGAUUUUUUUGGUAAAUUUCUGACUGCUUAUGUUCUCUUGUGUUUUUGUCUCAUUCUGUUCGGUUUUCCAUCUCAAAAUCUUACACCUUUUCAAAAUUAUCCUUAUAUUAGGGAAGAAAACUCCUCUUCCUCCUCUUUCUCCUCCACUCACUCCCCAAACACUUUUCUCUUUCUCUCUCUCACUUUUUAUUAUUACAUUCUCCUCCUCCUCCUCCUCCUCCACUCACAACAUGAACAUUCCUGUCCUCUCUUUCUCUCUCUCUUUACUAUCUGUUCCUGUCUACGCUCCCUCAGUUAUGGUCAUUAUUACUGAUUCUAUCACUCUUAUGAAUAGCUAGAUGUCUGUCUGUCUGUCUGUCUUUGCAUCUUGUGUUGUGGUUAGUGUGUUAGUUCAUGUACAAGUGUGGUGAAUGUUUCCAUUAUGUUUGUGUCUGUUUUUCCUACUUUUUUUCUCAUAAAGAGUUAAAGAAAUCA